UUUUUUCUACUUAAAACAGUGAAUGCAUUGGAAACAGUAAAAUAAAGUUUCAAUAACAAAGGGCGACAGCGUCCUGCAGCAUCCUUGGCAGUGACGUCAUUCGUGACCAGUUUGCCAGCGUUCGUGCAUGUGUGAGAUUUCGAGCGAUUGCAGGUUGGAGCAUUGGAUAGCGAGCUAACGGUGCACCAAGGAGUUAUUGAUCCAGAUUAAUUGGCUUUGGAGUGAACACAACCGUCUGAUAAUUUCCCACCUCUACCGGGCACAAACUGGAAUGACGAAAGUCAGAGUCCAACUACAACGAAGUACAAUCAGCAGGAUGGCCUCAAGCAGUAGAUUAGUUUUGCUCAGUUGCCUCCUGGUCAUCAUUCAAAGCCAAGCCCCUGCGCAGGCGGCAACGCACUCAGUGUUUACCCACAAGAACGCGUCCUCGGUCUUGGGACAAUUGGUCACCUCGAGCACCCUGGUGUGGGAGAGCUACGAUCCCAAGGACGCAGCGCAGCUGCAGUACGCCGUGGAGGGCGGCAAGUACGUCACGGAGGAUGAGCACUACCCCAUCUACGUGUGUCGCGUGCCCAUCGACGGCUUUCAGGUGUCUGGCCAUACCGAGAAGAUUCUGCAGAGACACGUCUGUGUCGCGGCCCACUACAAGCAUGGCAAGUACGACAACUUCGAUGUCCUCAUGAACAAGGGUCACCUGGGAAAGGUUGGCUGGCGACACUGGCGCAAGUUUGACGCUGGUGUUCCGGUGGGCGCCAUUCGCAUUGGAGACGACGCCUACAUCGGACGGCACAGGGCCCCAAGUCAACCGAACAAAGAGGGAAUUAUCACCCACUGGGGUGCUGACUUCAACCUGGGUCACCUGGAACCUGUGGGCCUGGGUAAAAUCCGGGUCAUUGAGAGCGAACGUGAGAAAUACUAUGACGAUGGCGAGGUUCUGGUAGAAACGGAGCCUUUCCGCUACGAGCUCAGGGAUAUCAAGUUGGACCGCUUGCGCACCGAUAUUCAGGAAAACCUGACAGAACUGGUCACUAGGAAGCUGGAAAACCUGGAAGACAAGUACAGCACUGUGGAGACCAUUCUUAGCUACAGCUUCGACUAUAUUCAGUACUGGGGAUCCCAUGAGGGUGUGGCACGAGGUCUGCCCACAAAGAUCUACGAGAAAGAUGUGACUGUCCCGGCUGAGAUCAACUGGGCUCUGAAGCACGCCGAGCGACGAUCGGAGAACAAGGCAGUGCACACGAAACUCUGGCCCGGCACGGCCAUUAAUGUUACGCUCCGUGGCAACUAUGUGACCCUGGAGGCGCCGUACAGUGGCAAGCUGUUUGCCUUCUACUACGGCAGCGACGAGAGUGUUUCCCGGAAGAUCAGCGCGGAGGUACGCAAGAGCUACUUAAAGGAUGUAAAGCUUGAGUUCAGCCCCGUCUACUGGAUUGCAAACGGAACUUUAGUGCCGACAACGACGACCACAACGACAACGUCCACAUCAACCACGACCCAUGCCACCACUACCAGCACUAACGAGCCCACGCCCAUCAACGAGCCUCCGCUGGUGCAUAUGAAGGAUAAGGGCGUGCAGCACUCGGGUCCAGAUACUCUGGAGAAGACCUUGCACGACUCCCCGUCCAGCAACGAAGUAAACUCGCACGAGGCCCCCGAGAACAUGUCCUCCAAUCCUGGCAAGAACGUCGCGCUGGCAGGCUUCGGGGUCAACGGAGCGGGUUCGACUGCAGGGUCGGCUCUAUUGACGCUUCUUCUAACGGUUUUCCUGACCCUGUAGAUGGCAAUGAGCUCCGGACUUAGUAUAGCGUUUAAUUGUUGUUGUUGUACCUGUUGUACCCGUCUUUGAGAGCAAAAGCAAGAAGUAACAAGCAGAUAGGCAUUAAAGGCUCCGCAUGGAGUUAGGCAUAUAGGAAAUGGCGGUUCUCAAACUGGGAAGGCCUUUGAUGUGAAAAUGGAAAGCAUAGUCGAUAUUUUUUAUACUUGUCCCGAGGCUUAUUCUAUAACACUCAUGCAAGUAGCAGAAGAAAUUGAAAAACCAAGAAAAAUGUAAUACAUUCCUACAAUAAAUCCCUCACAAACGGAAAUGAAUCAAAAGUAUAAACUUAAAAUAAACAUAUAUAUAUUCAUGUAUACUACAAUCAUGUAGAAAUAUUUUCAAAGUUUUUUAUUUGCAAUGAAAAAGAUAUUGUCUUUCCAUUCGAAUGGCUUUUCAUUUGUUUAGUUGGUAAGCCGCAUUAAUAGAGAGUAGAAAAUGUACUAAGAAUGAAUUGACAAUUUAUGUAGGGAUGAUAUUGCAAAUCGCACUCUCUAAAAUUAUGUAUGUAUAUGUCUUAAUUGUAAACCUAUGUAUAACAUAAGUACGUAUGCUAUUGUGUAAGAAGAACACUCCAAAUAUGUAAUUUAGAAACUUUUCCUUUCCUUUUGAAUUUAAAUAUGAUUUGCGUUUCCUUACGGUCUUUUUUCGUAUUGGUUAAACUUUCAUUUGUAUUGUAUUACGUCGAAGAAACAGUGAAUCUCUAAUUUCUUAUAAAAAUAAAGCUUGUAAAUUUAAAAUUAAA